GUUCAUAAUGUUUAAAAUUUGGCUGUUUAUUAUUAAAUAAGUCGCUCGUUUUCCUUAGUCUUGCAAAAUGUGUUCAUUUUUUAUACACGCCGAGAUGAGUAAAAACGAGAGAGGGAACAAUAGAAAAACUAAAAAGGAUUGUUACUUUUGUAAAGAAAAUUUAAUUACGUAAGCAUUCUUGAGGCAGCAUUAAACGUUGUUCAGUAUGAGUGCAGAACCCCAAGCUAAACGCACGAAAAUGAGUGAACUGGACCAGUUGAAACAAUAUUGUACUGUGGUUGCCGAUACAGGAGAUUUUGAAGCUAUGAAAGCUUACAGACCUACAGAUGCCACCACAAAUCCAAGUUUAAUACUAUCGGCUGCUGCUAUGGAACAGUACCAACAUAUACUUGACAAAGCUAUCAAAUAUGGAAAGGAUACUGGCAGCACCAUUGAUGAACAGGUAGUGGAGACACUUGAUAUGCUGAGUGUAUUAUUUGGUUGUGAAAUUCUUAAAAUCAUUCCAGGACGAGUUUCUGUUGAAGUUGAUGCAAGAUUGUCAUUUGACAAGGAUGCUAGUAUUGCUAAAGCCAUUAAGCUGAUUAGCAUGUUUGCAGAAUUUGGUAUCAAGAAAGAUAGGAUUUUGAUCAAAUUGGCUUCUACAUGGGAAGGCAUACAAGCAGCUAAGGAAUUGGAGAAGAAUCAUAGUAUACAUUGUAAUUUGACAUUACUCUUUUCAUUAUAUCAAGCUAUUGCUUGUGCAGAAGCUAAUGUGACACUUAUUUCUCCAUUUGUUGGACGUAUUCUGGAUUGGUAUGUAGAACAUACGAAAAAGACUUACGAAGGUAAAGAAGACCCAGGCGUUUUAUCAGUAACCCGUGUUUACAAUUAUUAUAAGAAGUUUGCUUAUAAAACACAAGUUAUGGGGGCGUCGUUCCGUAAUACUGGUGAGAUCAGGGAGCUGGCGGGAUGCGAUCUUCUCACAAUCAGCCCCAAGCUUUUGCAGGAAUUGGCUAAUAGUAACCAAACACUCAAAAGGGUUCUUGACCCGAAAACCGCUGCGGAAAGUGAUAUUGAGAAAAUAUCACUAAGUGAAGCUCAGUUCCGCUGGCACCUUAAUGAAGACCAGAUGGCCACUGAUAAGCUUUCUGAGGGCAUAAGGAAAUUCGCCGCUGAUACAAGGAAACUUGAAUCUCUAAUCAAGACUUUACUAGUUAAAUAAUUAUUUGAAUAAUAAGUGACGUAAACAUUACAUUAUUAAGAGUAAGUCCUGCUGGCUGGUUUACUUUUAAUUGAUGUUGAUAUUGUGAAGUUUUACUUUAUAUAAUUAAAUUUAUAUUAAGAUUCUUUACAAUUUUUUAUAUACAAUAUAUGAAUUAAUUUUGUAAAAAUAAUUUAAAACAUAUCUCUAAUGUCAAUUCGUAUAUUUUUGUAUACAUUUAUAAGGCGUUUGACAGACGGAGCGGUGCUUGGUCAAGUGGUUUAAAUUUGUACUAUUUUGUAAAUUGCCCGUUCAUAUACGGCGUAUAAUGGCAUUUUAUAUCUUUAUAUUUGCUAUGAAUAUAAACAUCGAUUUCGAAUUAAAGGUCUCGUUUUUAGGACGUACAAGGCGUUGCCUGGUCGCCGGUGACCCUCACAAUUCCAUUGCUCCCUGUGUUAAUCGCCUGAAUUGUUUUAAUUUUUUAUAUUUUUGGGAAAAGGUGACUAUCGUGUUUCAUUAAAUGCGAAAACAGAUUA